AUGGCCACCACCGAGGAGAGCAAGAGGCGUGCCGAGGAGCUCGUUCCGCGGUUCCAGUUUGAGAAGGUCCUGAACCAUGAUGGAGGAGGACGCCGCAUCACCCUUCUCGGCGCAAUCGACCAGCAGCCGGCUCUUCUGAUCCUGGAUCGGGCCCCCUUGCCCGACGCGGAAGAGUACCUUUCGGCUCUCCCAAGCAACCUGCGCAGCCUGGCGAACCUGGGCAACAACGACAUCUACUCGUGGUUUCUGGCCUCCGGCGGGCCCGUGUUCACCGUUGGCGACGGCGACGACAACACUAGCAGCAACAACAAGAAGGACAAGUACGCCGACUUCAAGAUCGACCUCAUCUGGCCGUGCACGGACAAGCACAUCAAGAAGCACAGCCGGCAGGGCGCGCGGGCGGUGCACGAGACGCCCCAGAUCUACGCGGACCACGUGCGGCCGCUGAUGGAGGCCAGCCGCGCAGAGGGCCGGCUGAACUGGGUGUACAACAUCAUCGAGGGCCGCAAGGAGGUCGAGGACGUCAUCUACCGCACGCCGCUCGGCCGGGACGGGGACGAGGGGUUCCUGAUGCUGCCGAACCUGCACUGGGACCGAACGACGACCGAGGCGCUGCACCUGCUCGGCAUCGUCGAGCGGCGGGACCUGUGGAGCCUGAGGGACCUCCGGAAGAAGCACAUCCCCUGGCUGCGGCACAUGAAGGCCAAGAUGGUGGACGCGACGGUCGCGACGUACCCGGAGAUCGAGGCCGACCAGCUCAAGCUGUUUGUGCACUAUCACCCGACGUACUACCACUUCCACAUCCACGUGGUGCACGUCAUGCUGGAGCCGACGGGGACGCAGGGUGUCGGCAAGGCCGUGGGACUGGACAGCAUCAUUGAGCAGCUCGAGGGCAUGCAAGGGGACGAGGAGACGGGCAUGGACACGGUCACAAUGAACUAUACGGUGGGCGAGGCCUCGGAGCUCUGGACUGAUGUAUUUCUGCCGCUUAAGCUCAAGACCUCCGGUAAAUCUUCUCUACAGCAAUGA